CGAUGUUUCUCCUAUAAAACAAUCUACCAAUUUCUUCACAAGAAUUAAAGUCAUAAAAUGAAGCUCCAAAAAAUCUCUCUUCUGACCCUACUCCUCUUCAUCUAUGCAGAAUCAGCUAAGUCUGAACCUCCAUUUUCUUGUGACUACACAAACCCAUCAACAAAAUCAUAUCUAUUUUGUCAAACCUCACUGCCCAUAACCCAGAGAGUGAAAGACCUCAUCUCUAGACUAACACUAGAUGAGAAAAUCUCCCAGCUUGUGGACACAGCGCCGUCGAUCCCUCGGCUCGGUAUCCCCGCCUAUAGGUGGUGGUCUGAAGCAUUACACGGCGUAGCUUUCUUGCCUGAUGUCAGUGAGAGACAAGGCAUCCAUUUUAAUGGAACCAUUAGGUCUGCCACUAGCUUCCCUCAAGUCAUUCUCUCUGCUGCUUCGUUUGAUUCCACACUUUGGUAUCGCAUUGGUCAAGUGAUUGGAAAAGAAGCAAGAGCUAUAUACAAUAAUGGGCAAGCAAUUGGAAUGACAUUUUGGUCACCAAAUAUAAAUAUAUUUAGAGAUCCAAGAUGGGGAAGAGGGCAAGAAACACCUGGAGAAGAUCCAAUGGUUUCAGGCAAAUAUGCAGUUUCUUUCGUUAGAGGAGUUCAAGGUGAUUCUUUUGAAGGUGGAGUCCUUGGGGAGCAGCUUCAAGCUUCUGCCUGCUGCAAGCAUUUCACUGCUUAUGAUUUGGAAAAGUGGAAUGGCACCAACAGGUUCAUUUUCAAUGCUCAAGUCACAAAGCAGGACUUAGCUGAUACAUAUCAACCCCCAUUUCAAAGUUGCAUACAAGAAGGAAAAGCCAGCGGGAUAAUGUGUGCUUAUAAUCAAGUCAAUGGAGUCCCAAAUUGCGCAGAUUAUAAUCUUUUAACUAAAACAGCCAGAGGACAAUGGGACUUCCAUGGGUAUAUAACAUCUGAUUGCGACGCCGUAUCCAUAAUCCAUGACAAUCAAGGGUAUGCUAAAGAACCAGAAGAUGCAGUUGCAGAUGUGCUUAAAGCAGGGAUGGAUGUGAACUGCGGGAAUUAUUUGAAGAAGUACACCAAAUCAGCAGUUGAAAAGAAGAAAGUCUCUGUAUCUGAAAUAGACAGAGCCCUUAACAACCUCUUCUCCAUUAGGAUGAGGCUAGGACUAUUCAAUGGCAAUCCAACUAACCUGCCUUAUGGAAAAAUUGGUGCAGAUCAGGUUUGUUCUCAAGAACAUCAGGCUGUAGCUCUUGAAGCAGCUCGCGAUGGCAUUGUUCUGCUAAAGAACUCUAAUCAGCUCCCUCUUUCGAAAUCAAAAACCACAUCCCUUGCAAUUAUCGGUCCAAAUGCUGACAAUUCAACCAUCCUUGUUGGAAAUUAUGCAGGCCCUCCAUGCAAAACUGUUACACCGCUGCAAGGACUACAAAAUUAUGUUAAAAACAUUAAGUAUCACCCAGGUUGUAGCACAGUGGCAUGUUCCUCUGCUGCAAUUGACCAAGCAGUAAAGAUAGCCAAAGAGGCAGACCAAGUGGUGUUAGUCAUGGGACUUGAUCAAACACAGGAAAGGGAAGAACUUGAUCGUGUAGACUUGCUCCUACCUGGAAAGCAGCAGGAGCUGAUAGUCGGUGUUGCACGAGCUGCAAAGAAACCUGUGGUUCUUGUGCUUUUAUGUGGGGGACCAGUAGACAUAUCUUUCGCCAAAUACGAUCACAACAUUGGAAGCAUUUUGUGGGCUGGUUAUCCGGGUGAAGCUGGAGGCAUUGCACUUGCAGAAAUCAUGUUUGGUGACAUCAACCCAGGAGGCAGGUUGCCGAUGACUUGGUACCCACAAGAUUUCACAAAAGUCCCGAUGACAGACAUGAGGAUGCGACCAGAACCAUCUUCAGGUUAUCCUGGCCGAACGUAUAGAUUCUAUAAAGGCAAAAAGGUUUUUGAAUUCGGUUAUGGUCUAAGCUACUCAAACUAUUCUUAUGAGCUUAUCUCUUUUACACAAAACAAGAUCUCCUUAAGAUCAUUAGAUGAACAAGAAGAUGAAAAUUCAAAUACAGUUGGUUACAAGACAGUUGCAGAGUUGGGGGAAGAACUCUGUGAAAAGAGCAAGUUUUCAGUUACUGUAAGAGUGAAAAAUCAAGGCGAGAUGACAGGAAAGCAUCCAGUGUUGCUUUUCACAAGGCAAGAAGUAUUUGGAAGUGGGAGCCCGAUAAAGAAGUUGGUUGGGUUCCAAAGUGUGAAACUUGAUGCCAGGGAGAAUACUGAUAUUGAGUAUAAGCUAAACCCUUGUGAGCACCUUAGCAGCGCUAAUGAAGAUGGUCUAAUGGUGAUGGAAAAAGGUUCUCAGUACUUGCUUGUUGGAGACAAAGAGUAUCCAAUUAACAUAAUUAUUUGAAAAUAAAAAUCAUUUUCCGAACAGAAAGUGUCCAUUAAUGGAUUGCCAAAUUUAGAGGCCUAAGCAAAAUAAAAUAAAAUUCGAAUGGACUAUUUUCCAUAGAAGCAAAAUUAUGACUGCUGUGCUUAUAAAAAGAACUAUUGUUUAAUGAAUUCUAGCAUUUGUCAAA